AUGGCUUUUCUUGAAAUUGCUGAGAUUCAAGUCAGCAUUUCCUGUGUCCUUUAUGCUGGAGCGUUAAUUGGAUUACUUUGUUGGGCUUCUUGGUGGAGGAUUCUCCUUACUCUACUUCUCCUCUCAGCAUUGGGAUCCUUAUUGUUCUACAAGGCUGCGAGAUACUUAAUCACUGCAAAACUGAUACAUCCAGAUGAAAUAAGAUCUGCGCAUACGAAGUUUACAUUUUUGGAACAAGAGAGGUGGGUCCAUGAGAAUGAGCGGCUACAUACCGUUAGAGAAAGCAUAAACAUAUGUCAGUCCAAAUCCAUUAACGGACUACUUGAUGAAUUGGUGGAUCUUAUACUCUCUGUAUUCAUAGACUCCUGGUACCUGAGUCUAUCGACGGACAGAGCUUUUCAAAACAGUUUGAAACGAGAGCUAGUUCAGAUCCUCGGGUGUGUCAAAACUCGAAUACAAAAAGCAGACAUACCUUCCAUCCUCGUGUUGAAGGUCUUGCCGAUACUCAACACACAUUUCAAGCAAUUUGCUCAAAACAUCCCACAUGACAACAAAUCCUACUCAUAUGAGAGUCAAGUAAAAUUUGUCAGGUCGUUAGGUAAGAAUGUGCAUGAGGAUAUUUCUAUUGUGCAUAGCAAAGCCGACAGAGUCAGAGAGAACGCAUUUUUCAGAAGGUUGGCUGGAAAAGCUCUUUCGAGCGUGUUAUCUGAAGAAGAGGUCGAGAGUACCAUAGUAACUUCGAUUUUGAGAGAGGUUCUCGGCUCUUCAAUUCUCGGCAACUUAAUUGAAAUGCUAGCAGAAGGUGACUUUUUGAAUCAAAUGUUGAUCAAGUUCAUGGGGGACAGUCUACAACGAAGGAGUCAGGUAAAGCGUCUUAGAGAGGCCCUAGAAAAACACACUAAACGACCUGACGCGCAACUCUCGGGCUCUCCGGCCGUGGUGGCUCCUCCAAGCUUGAAAGGCAAGCUCACGAAAUCCGAUUAUCUGGCGGCCUUACAGUUCAUCGAAGUCGCAUCUGGGGAAGACUUACGAUCCCUACUUCAUGAAGUGAAUACGAAGAUGUCGCUGAUAUCCAAUGCUCUGGAUCCUGAGGAAGCCACGCUAAUUGCUGCUAUAUCUCAUAAAGUCAAGUCAAAACUCAAAAAGUUAGGAGAUAGUUCUACGUUGCAUGAUAUUUUGAGUCAUUCUCAUUCUCGCGAGGAAUUUUUCGACUACCUUGACCAUGUUGGAGCUGGAAAACUCAUCGAACUCUACGUGUCCAUAAAUGACCUCAAGACUCCGUUGGUGACAGCUGAUUCCGAUGAUUAUCAUUCAUUAGAGUUCGCUGAUGAAGAGUCAAUAAAGUCAAUUUAUGACAAGUUCCUCGAAAAUGAAGAGUUACUGCUUGAUAACAUUGAUUUAGCCGCUAUAAAGAGCUAUUUAAAAGAUUUGUCCGGGCUUAACGAUGCAAAGCGUUCCUUGUUUAAUAUACAGCAGAAGGUUUUUGAUAUAUUACUAUUUGAUUAUCUACCGCGUUAUUUGCCCUCGAAGUCACCCCAGGUGCACCACUCUGAGAUGAUAACUGGCGGCGCCUCUGCAGAUACUCUGCUAGUGCAGUAUGAUGUGUCCAGUGUCGAUCAUGAAUCGUUGGAGAGACCAAUUAGUCCGGCCGUGUACGAAGCUGUUCAAGAAUCUUUAGAGCAGAUUCUCAAUUCAAAGGGUCAAAAGGCUGCUAAUCUUGCAGUUUCAAGAAGCCAGACGUCAUCUAAUCUAGGAAGUUUGUCAUCAAGUGGUCAUCCAUCCAUCAUGGCGGGCCUUACCAGCUCUAAUCUGAAGCGCAAUUGGCCAAAUGAUGAUCCUGAUGGCGCUUACUUGCAUGAAUUGCUAACAGACACCACAUCUGACAAUGAAUCAAUAAUUUCAAAUGAGACUCAAUCUGAUUCAGAUAACUCCAGACUCAGCAGUUCCGAAAUUCUUAUGGCAGCGCCAGGUGACCUUAGCAUUUCCGAGAAACUUCGAACUAUUGACAAGGAGAUUAACAGCUUGAGGGAGCAAGUAAACAUCACGUUUCCGCUUUUGAGAAAGGCGGAGUUGACGAACAACGUUUCCGAGUUGAACAUCCUUAAAAGAUUGCAACAGGGCUUAGAACGGGAGAUUGCUUCCAAGGAGCUUCAAAGACAACAUUGGAUCAUUCAAGAGAAUGAAAAUAGUCUUUUUGGAAAAUCUAAGAUUCGAAUCCCGUCGUAUAUGUCAGAGACGAAGAACCGCUCGGAAUAUAUUAUCUACAUUAUAGAGGUUCAGAAAUUCUCUCAUGAUGACCCUAGCGAAAUUGUUGCUGGAUGGGUUGUUGCGAGACGGUUUAGUCAGUUUUAUCAACUCCAUGAGUACUUAAAGAGAAAAUCACCGAAGGUUUCGUCCAUCAAGUUCCCGAAAAAGUCUGUGCUUAAUUUUCAAAAGAAACAACUUUUGGAGAUUAGAAGACAAGCCCUCGAAAAGUAUCUACAAGAAAUUCUCAACAUACCUGAAGUCUGCUCAGAUCCCAUCCUUAGGUCUUUUCUCUCAUCCGAGAACUUCCUGUUUGGCUCAAUAAGGCAGCCCAAGCGACAAAUUGACGAUCUUUUUGGAGGACUAGCAGUUCGAUUUCAGAAUCCAUUGUCUACACCGGAGCAAGUAUCCUCUGAUCGUCCUAAUGAAAACUUGAUCGAGAGCAUAAAGGAGAUGCAAAAAGAAUUGAAGCAAUUUGAUGAUUCUCAACUUCAAAGUUCCGGCAAAGUUCCUUUUGUGAAACCAAUCUCUGACUUGUUAAUUGAUCUAUUUGACAUUGGUUCAUCGAAGAGUUGGAUAAGAGGAAGAGCUCUUCUCAUUUUAUUGCAACAGGUUCUCGGGUCUGCUGUCGAAAAAAAGGUUCCCGUCAUAAUCAAGACAUACAUGAAUGAUCUGGUACUUGUCCUGAACUGUAUCAGGUCAUUAAAAGAGACCAUGUUUCCGGAGGGCAAGUUUAGAGAACCUCCGCCUGUGAGAAAUGAUAUUCAGCGCAAUAAAACUAGAGAGGAAGCGAGAGCAAUAUUCGAAAUCUAUUUGGAGGAAACUUGUGGUAAACUUUUUGGCUCCACUAACACGAGAGCGCGUUCAAGGGUUAUUUUCGAACUUUUCCAAAAUGACAUAUUGAACAAACUGCUACUAUUUCAGGUCAUCGAAGUUUUGGUUGCGGAACUAUUCCCGAAUGAAAAACAACUGUAA